AUGUAGUUUGCAAGGCAAAUAUGGGGAAUAAGGUACAGACAACAAUCUCAGGAAACAUUCAACCUAAGUGAUAAGAUUAGAAAAUGCACAUAAAAGAUAGCUCAGAAUAAAAAUAAAGCACUCCGAACCUUGGACUUCAUGAAUUAUUCCAUUUACCACCGGUAUGCAGCCUAAAGACAUAGUCUGAAGUAUAAACAAAUAGACUUAUGAUGACCUCUUCACAGAUGACGAAACUGAGUUAGCUUGGAGGUUAAUUAAUAUGUCCAGUGUCAUAGAGACAAUUAAUAGUGAAACCGUAUUUCAGAGUGGUUCUGAAUAACAUCAAAGUUGAUGUUAUUUCCUUUAUUCUACACUGCUUUUUUUUUUCAACAUACUAUUCAUGGUGGGCUCUGCCUAAAUACUGGAUUAUUACUUGACUAACUUUCUGCCUUGAUGGUCUAGGAGCUAUUAUGUGAUCUGAACAUGGAGGCUGUUAUUCAGAACUCCACUGACUUCAUCCUUUUGGGCCUCAUCACUGAUCCCUUGUUCCCUGAGUUUAUCUUUGCGGUGGUCCUCUUCAUCUUUGUGGUGGCUGUAACAGCCAACGUGGUCAUGGUUCUGCUUAUUCACAUAGAUUCUCGCCUCCACUCACCCAUGUACUUCUUGCUCAGCCAGCUCUCCAUCAUGGACACAGUCUACAUCUGCAUCACUGUCCCCAAGAUGCUGCAAGACCUUCUGUCCAAGGAAAAGAACAUCUCCUUCCUUGGCUGUGCAGUUCAGAUAUUUCUCUACCUGACAUUGAUUGGAGGGGAAUUCUUCCUACUGGGCCUCAUGGCCUAUGACCGAUAUGUGGCUGUGUGCAACCCCCUCCGGUACCCUGUCCUCAUGAACCGCAGGAUUUGCUUGUUUAUGGUAAUAGGCUCCUGGGUUGGUGGCUCCUUGGAUGGAUUUAUGCUGACCCCCAUCACCAUGAGUUUUCCCUUCUGUGGGUCCCGAGAAAUCAAUCACUUUUUUUGUGAGAUUCCAGCUGUGCUGAAGCUGUCGUGUAUGGACACGUCCCUGUAUGAGACUCUCAUGUAUUCUUGCUGUGUGUUGAUGCUGCUCAUCCCCAUAACUAUCAUCUCUGUCUCCUACACACGGAUUCUGAUUACUGUCCAUCGGAUGAAUUCUGCUGAGGGCCGGCGCAAAGCCUUUGCUACCUGUUCCUCCCAUAUUAUGGUGGUGAGCAUUUUCUACGGGGCAGCCUUCUACACCAAUGUGCUACCCCAUUCCUACCACACACCAGAGAAAGACAAGGUUGUGUCUGCCUUCUACACCAUCCUCACUCCCAUGCUCAAUCCACUCAUCUACAGUUUGAGGAAUAAAGAUGUGGCAGCAGCUCUAAGAAAAGUGUUGGGGAGAUGGGCCUCCUCACAAAGAAUCAGGGAGGGAGAUGUAUCUAGGAAAUACUAGGGGGCUCAGGUACAAAUACCCCUGUUGCCUUUGCCAAUUACACACAGUCUUCAAAAAAAAAAAUGUUCUUGGUUCUGAAAAAUGUUCAGUGUCAUUUGAACAAUCCUGAGACAUCAACAGGCAAAUUCUUCUGUUGCAAGUGUCAUUUAAAAACAACGGCUGAAGAUUGGAUGUCUCCACAGUUAAACAUUCUCAGUUAACACUAUUUCUAAAUCAUCCAAGUCAGGUGAAACAUUCAAGAGUCUUGAAUAUAUAUUUUUAUAUGUUAUAUGUGUUCAUGUGUCCUUCAUGCUUGUAUUGCUGACCAACUUUUGAAUGGAAAAUUGCAAGGGUCUUGAUCUAAUUUCAAACAUUCUACAUAAGUAUGAUAUUUUUCUAAUGAUAAUAGCAUAGCUGUUUUAUUUAGGAAGUGUUUAUGAUCAUGAUAAGACUGUAUUUUGGGUCCUGUAUUCUUAGUUACCAUUCAGCACAUCUGUAUUCUUUUACCACGUAAAUUAAACUGUGUAUAGUUACCAUGUCUUUAUAUUACAUAGAGUCUCACAUGUGCCUUAUAAUAACUUUGUUCAUUGAUUGAAAAUUGAUUUCUGCCAUUAAAAUCAUAACAUUGCUACAAUUCUACAACGACUUACAUUUAUGCUUUAAUAAAUAAUGUUGUUAGGUGCUGUUGAGUCAGUUCCGACUCAUAGCAACC